GAUUUCUUGCGCCGCGACAGGCGUGUCACAUACUACGCAACUCAAAUUUAAACUAAGUCGCGUUUGACAGGCUCCAUCAAUAACAUUUAAGCCAUGGCCACUGACACCCAAGAAACAGUGCCAGUCGCGGCUUCUGAUGAGACUCCCACAGAGCCCAAAAAGAAAUCUUCCUCCGGUAAGGUGAAAGCAACGGCGUCUGGGACACCAGCUAAAAAGAAGAAGUCUGGCAAAAAGAAGAAUCAACCUGGAAAAUACAGUAUGCUCGUGAUCGACAUUAUCCGUAAACUGACCGAGAGGAAUGGCUCUUCACUGGUCAAGAUUUACAACGAAGCCAAAAAAGUGAGCUGGUUCGACCAGCAAAACGGUCGCACCUACUUGCGGUACUCCAUCAAGGCACUGCUACUGAACGACUCUCUGAUUCAAGUGAAAGGUACCGGGGCCAACGGCUCCUUCAAGAUCAACAAGAAGAAGUUCGAGAAAUCGGGCGACAAGAAGAGCGCAUCUAAAGGCUCGAAGGCCCCCGCAGCUGUCAAGAAAGGCAAAAAGCCAUCGGAGAAGAAAGGCAAAAAGCCACCGGAGAAGAAAGGCAAGGCGAAGGCUAGUGCGAAGAAGAAGCAGCCCGACGCGCCUGCAGGAACCCCCAAGAAAGCAGCAAAGCCAAAGAAAACAGCCAAGAAGCCCACCGCUGCCAAGAAAGUGAAGCCGAAGAAGGUCACCAAGCCGUCCGUGCCCAAAGUUCCCAAAGCCAAGAAGGCGCCGAAGGAGUCAAAGUAGAAAACAUGGACUUGAGAUUUUUAUUUUUUUACGACUUUUGUGUCAGUAGCCAUUAACCUGGCAAUGUCUUGCAUUACCAUUCUAUAUGUUUUAGAGCCGAAAACGUUUAUUUUGCGCGCGUUUGCUUUGUUUCAUUUUGUGAAAGUUUCGUGACUUGUCUUUUGAAAUAGGGGUAAAUUACCUAUUAAUGUCUUAUUCGGUAACAUAACAUACAGCUGAUGUCAUGAUUAGACUGUAUUGCUUUUCGGUUCUUUUUGUAGCGCCCAGCUGAGUAUGUUGGAUUUAAGGGUAUUAAGUGUAUGUUACUUCAUUGGGAAAAGUUUAUAAUGCCUCGGGAAAUUCAAUAAUAUAUGUUAACUUAAAAUGUGGCGGGACCAUAAGAACGUUUUUAAAAAAUACUGAAACCAACUUUAUAUACCAUGUGUAAGUCCUGCUGUGCUCUUUCCAGUCUCUGUGAUUAUGGCUUACAUGUGCAUUAAAGUGUUAAUAAAAUUCUUAAAGUUGAAAAA